UUUUCUCGAAAGUUCAACACGGCAUGUCGGGAUAAUAUUUAGUUUACUGAGUUUCAAAUCGCCGCUGGCAUGGCUUCUACAUCAAAAUGGUUCUUGUUAUUAUACCUCGGUUUCUGCACGGCAUGGAUGGACGAAAGGCCUGUUCUGGAGUCUCGAGACGGACAUCUCAUAAUCUCCAGCUCGAAGGACAGAAACAUCACUCUGAAGAUAAUAGGAAGCGGUUACGUGAAUGUCAAUGAGAUUAAUCUACUUCACGUGGCAUCGGCGGCGCAAAAUGCGACGCGGGUCAUCGACAGGUGGCGGAUGGGAUACUUGGCUGAGAUGGAGAGCUCUCUUCAGCAACUAACAACUAUAGUGACAGGCUCUACAGGUCUACAGAGGAGAGUAGCUCUGCUCGAGAGAAACAUCGAUACGAAUAUUACGAAUCGUAUAGGAAACAGGACGCGGAUAAUACCGAGUACUACAAUUAACAGAAAUAAUCUCCGCCGUAUCAACAUGCGACUUAAAGAGUUGGAAGACUCAUUGAGAGCUAUGCAAAGGCUUCUCCGAGAGAACGAGUGCCAGAGUAAUCCGUGUCAAAACGGCGGUACGUGCGAGGACCUCUAUGACGCCUAUCAAUGUCAUUGUCCAUCAAAUUGGGAGGGCCCGAACUGUAUGACAGAUGUUAACGAAUGCGCGAGAUUUCUUGGCACGGAUCUCGGAUGUCAGAACGGAGCAACGUGCCGUAAUCUACCAGGAUCUUAUCGAUGCGAUUGCUUGCCGGGAUGGUUUGGCCUGCACUGCACGCAGAAAACAUCGAUUUGCAAUACAGAGAACUCCGAGGCGCUUUGCGGCGAGCACGGUGUCUGCGUAGCGAAGAGCAGCUCUCCACAGGGAUACGCUUGUAUCUGCGAUCAAGGAUGGGAGAGCGACGGUACAAGCCCGGCUUGCACCAAGGAUGUAGAUGAAUGUGCAGCAGACCACCCACCCUGCUCCGUAAAUCCGCCGGUACCGUGUCGCAAUACGCGUGGCUCAUUCACUUGCGGCGCCUGCCCACACGGUUAUAGCGGAAAUGGCUAUUAUUGCACCGACAUUGACGAGUGUCUGAUUAACAACGGCGGCUGCAGUAUCUCACCUUAUGUGUCCUGCAUGAACACGAUGGGUUCGAGGGUAUGCGGAUCUUGUCCGAUCGGAUAUCGAGGCGACGGUGUCAGUUGCAUCUUUGUCGGCGGUUGCUCCAUCAACAACGGCGGAUGCCACCUACUGGCGACCUGCACCGAAAACCCGUCACUUACGAGUUCUUACGUGCUGUGCCGUUGCCCAGCGGGUUACGUCGGUAAUGGAAUGGGACCAAACGGCUGUCAAUUAGCUGAUGUAUCGGUCAAUACAGCGUGUUCGAGCAACCCUUGCGUUCAUGGCACAUGCGUGCCAAACGGUGCAAAUGGCUUCACUUGCACGUGCAGUCCGGGAUAUUCAGGAGUUACGUGUAACACGCCAGCUGAUCCGUGCAUGCCAAAUCCCUGCCGGAACAACGGUGUCUGCGUCGUUUUGAACGGACAAGCGACGUGCGAAUGUACAUCCACUUUCACUGGAAGCAGAUGCGAAACACAACGGCAGGCAUGCGGUGGCGUGUCGCGAAAUCCAGUAGGAGUGCUUCAAUUCCCGAUCGGCGGCAGUACUUAUCAGCAUAGAUUGAGCUGCGCUUGGGUGUUGAUCACGGAGCCCACAAAGGUCUUGAACAUCACCUUCACGGCUUUUCACCUCGAGCAGUCUACAGAUUGCAAGUUCGACUUCCUGCAGAUCCACGAUGGGAAGAACGCCGGUGGUCAAAUGAUCAACAGAUUCUGCGGCGAAACGCUGCCCAAUGGAAACGGAAACAUUGUCUCGUCCCAUAAUUCUCUCUACCUAUGGUUCCACUCGGACGGCAGUAUAUCUCACGACGGGUUCACUUUUCAUUGGAAUAGUAUCGAUCCUAUUUGCGGGGGUAUUUUAGAAAAUGACUAUGGCACAAUCACGUCGCCGGGCUCACCAGGCAGAUAUCCUCCGAACAGGGAUUGUUUCUGGAGAAUCUUCGUGCCAGAGUCGAAGAGGAUUCAAUUCCAUUUCGGUCAAUUGAUGCUCGAGGAACAUCCAACUUGCCAAAAUGACUACUUAGAGAUUACCGGCAUAGAAGACGAACGUUUAGGGCUUUACUGCAAUCAUACACACCCACCGCCUCUCAUUACACCGACUUCCGAAGCGAAAGUUCAUUUUCAUUCUGAUGGUGCCGGUCAAGACGUUGGUUUUCAAAUCCAUUACACGAUGGUCGAAGGUAUACCAGGUUGUGGUGGAACUUACACGACUGCCUCCGGUACGAUUAGCUCACCUGGUCACUCGUCAACUUAUCUUCCAAACAUGCAGUGUGAAUGGAAAAUACAGCUACCACCAGGAGAGCGAAUUAGAGCAAUGUGGUUGCGAUUCGAUCUCGAGGAAUCUCUCAGUUGUCAUUUUGACUACGUCGAGGUCUACGACGGACCACACACGUCUUCGGAAUUAAUCGGUAGAUAUUGCGGAUCGGAAUUGCCGUCAGCGAUUAAGUCGACUACGAAUACUUUAGUCGUAGUAUUUAGCUCCGAUUGGUCUUUCGAGUCAGAGGGUUUUGCUAUUUCCUACGAAACAUUUUGCGGCGGCGAGUUCCGCGACGAAACAGGAAUCAUCCAUUCACCCUUUUAUCCAAACAACUAUCCUGGCUCAAAGACAUGUAUUUACGAAAUUAUACAACCGGUCAACCAGGGAAUCGUAUUAAACAUAUUAGAUAUGGACAUCGAAGGUCUGUCAACGGAUUGCUUCUACGAUUACAUCGAGAUUCACGACGGUGAUAAUGAGAAUGCAACGAAACUCGCCACAUUGUGCGGCAAUGAAUAUCACAUACCGCCUACUCCUUUCAUUUCGACACAUAAUUAUAUGUUUAUUAAGUUCACUACUGAUAACAGCUUGGAAGGCCGAGGUUUCAAGGCCAACUACACGACCAUUGAUCGCAGAUGUGGCGGACUGCUGAAAACAUCAGGAGAAAUAAUUAAGCCUCCCACUGAAGAUGGACAUUAUUUGAAUGACGAGGAUUGUAUUUGGACUAUCCAAGCGCCGCCGGGAUAUGGUGUGCAACUCAACUGGUUGUCUUUCAACUUGGAAAUGCACCGUCGAUGUGUCCUUGAUUACGUUAAUAUUUACGAGAAUUACACUUCACCUUCAGAAAACAUAAUAGCCACAUACUGCGGUAACAAAGUACCACUCGGCUUUACGACACAAAGUUCCACGGUUACCAUACUUUUCCACUCUAAUACGUAUGGCACAAGCGAUGGAUUUGUCGCCACGUAUCUUUUUGUCGACUUGACGAAGAUCUGCGGAGGUCAUUAUAUGAAGUCGACCGGCGUUAUCAGAUCGCCAGGUUAUCCUGAUGAUUAUGAGAAUCGAAAGGAAUGCGUUUGGACUAUCGAAGCACAGGCCAGACACAGGAUCAUACUUACGGUGAAUCACUUUGAGCUGGAAGAUCAUUCGUCAUGCAUAUUUGAUUACCUAGAAAUUAGAAACGGUGGUUAUGAAACUUCACCGCUGAUCGGCAGAUUCUGCGGCGAAGAAAUACCAACUGAAAUACCAAGUCAAGCCAGUCAGUUGUAUAUUAAAUUUGUUUCGGAUUUCUCAAGAAGGCAAAAAGGCUUUGAGAUACAAUGGGAUAGCACAACGGAGGGAUGUGGUGGUACGAUGAACGCAGUUACCGGAGACAUAAUAUCUCCAAAUUAUCCUGAACCUUACUUGCACAAUGCAGAGUGCUACUGGAAGAUCGCUGUGGCGGCGGGUAGCUUGGUGCAAAUUACAAUAGUUGAUCUCGAGCUCGAGCACAACGAGAGGUGUCGAUUUGACUUUAUCGAGAUAUUCGAAGGCAUCAGUCACCGCGUGCGCAAAGGACGUUAUUGUGGCGCGUCAUACCCGAAGAUUAUUCAAUCCGCAACUAACGAAAUGACCAUUCGAUUCCGCAGCGAUUUUACCAAUUCCGCCCGAGGUUUCCACCUGAAGUACGAAACGCAAUGUCACAACAGAUUACACGGCUUCUACGGUGUGAUAGAGUCACCGAAUUUCCCCAACAAAUACGAACACGCGAUGAAUUGUAGUUGGAUCAUUGAGGCGCCGAUUGGGAACAAGAUUAAUUUAACUUUCUCGCAUUUUGAUCUUGAAGGACGCGGCGAUUCUGAUAACAUUUGCCAGUUCGACUAUCUUGAAAUCAAGGAAGGCGAAGGUGACACUCCUAAUUCCGAGUUAGGUCGCUUCUGCGGUUCCGUCAAUUUGCCGCUGAAAAUAAGUUCAACGCAAAAUCAAAUUUUCAUAAAUUUUGUUACGGAUUCUUUCAUCGCCUUUAAUGGUUUCCGACUCGAGUGGCUGACUCACGGUUGCGGUGGAAUUUUGUCUAAACCUGUCGACAAUUUUACGUCACCCGGAUAUCCUUCUGGUUAUCCGACAAACAUCGUUUGCGAAUGGCUGAUCGAUGUGGAUUACGCGCACAGCAUCGAACUCACUUUCCACGAGGUGAACACUGAGAAGCACAAAAACUGUUACUACGACAAAAUCCAAAUCUAUGCCGGCCAAGACGCAGACGCGCCAAAAUUGACUGAGCUUUGUCAUACGGAAAAACCAGUAGUCUACACCAGCCCCGGGAACAAAAUGUUCGUGAAAUUUCAAUCGGACAUAUCGUACGCCGGUCGUGGCUUCAGAGCUAGCUACAGGACCGUUCCUAUCAAGUGCGGCGGUAAAUUUACAACAUCAUCGGGCAUCAUUCACUCGGCCAAUUACCCGCAGAAUUAUCCGCACAGUCAGAAUUGCGAGUGGCUGAUAGAAGUCGACAAUAGUCACGUCGUAAACGUUACGUUUCUGGAUUUCGAUAUUGAGAACAGCAGGAAUUGCACCGAUGAUUACGUGAAAAUCUUUGACGGACCAACGAAAGACGAUGCGUUACUGGGAACGCAUUGUCGCAAUCAACUGCCACCGUCCUAUAUUUCGACUGGUAAUCAAAUGUUAGUAGUUAUGCGGACCGACAGUAUCAUCUCAGCGAAAGGCUUCAAAGCUCAAUACUCUCGAGCCUGCGGUGCUCGCAUAACUGUGAAGGAUCACGGUUCCUUUACAUAUCCGAAUGAUAAUGGCGAUAACGGUAACUGCACUUGGAUCUUGACAGCUGAAAAUCCAGCCGACCAUGUGACUUUAACUUUUACGCACAUGGAGGUCGACCCUGCUGAUUUCAGUAGAAUAUGGAAUGAUAGCUGCUAUUUAUCCUACAUCGAAGCGUUUGAAGGUGAUAGCACCGACGGCCCGUCUUUGGGGAAGUGGUGCAACAACGUCGCUCCACCGCCGGUUACAAGUACCGGAAGUUCUCUUACGUUGCACCUGUUCAUACGUUAUGAUUUCCACGGCCAUUUCGCCGCAACUUAUUCCGUCCUAAAUACAGCUUGCGGCGGAAACUAUACAUCCGAACAAGGCAUGAUCACUUCGCCGAGUUACCCGAACAGCUAUCCUUUGAACUCCGAAUGCGUCUGGAUUUUGAAUACCUCCCCCGGUAACAGGAUUAGUCUUACGUUCACUGAGUUUGACGUCGAAACGAGCGAAAACUGCGAUCUAGACUACGUCGAAGUGCGGGAGAAUAGCGGAAUCGGGAAGCUGAUUAACGUCCUUUGCGGCAAAGACGCCGCGCCGAUUACGUCCUCCAGCAAACUGUGGCUCAAGUUUAAAAGUGACGAUUCAGGCACCGCCAAAGGUUUCGUGGCUGAGUAUAGUUUCAUCGGAGGUAACGAACUUCAAGGACCUCUAGGACGUAUUACCUCGCCAUUAUAUCCGAAACCUUAUAGACGGACAGCCAAUUUCUCGUGGCGUAUCACGGUUGAUAUGGAAUCAAUCAUACAAAUCCAAUUUAGAGAUAUUAAAAUCGAGAACAUUGUCGAUACCUGCAUUUUUACCAGCGUUACCGUAUAUGACGGAUAUGACGACGAAGCGCCGAUUCUAAUACAAGCAUGCGGCUUCAGUGUACCGGAUCCGGUAGAAUCAUCCAGCAAUAUAGUUUACAUCACGAUGACGAGUGAUUAUAUCAGGCAGGGGAACUGGUUCGACCUGACGUGGCUAGAAAUACCGAAGGACGUCCCCAGUGCUCAGGACACCAAAGAAAUUAAGCUGUCAGAGUGCAACAAGGAAGUAGCUCUAAUGGGUGAACACAACUACACGUACUCCUUCAGCUCUCCCGGUUGGCCGAUCGGUUACGCACAUAAUCUGCGUUGCAACUGGGUCUUCACCUCGCCACCUGGAACGCAUUUAGUCCUGAGAAUAUUAUCUAUGAAUUUGGAAGAGACGAUGAACUGCAUAGCCGACUCCGUAUCUGUUUAUUCGGGAUUAGCACUGAUAUCGACCAGCGACGCUCAUCUGAAGAGUAAACUGUGUCUGGCGAACUCCACCAUGACCUCGAUCAGAACGACUAAUGUGAUGACGGUGAAAUUCGAGACAGAUUCAAGCGUCAAUAAAACCGGUUUCAACGCAUAUGUGUAUCGAGAUUGCGGAGGUAAUUUGACUGGCCCUAAUGGCAUAAUUGAGCACGACAAUUCUUCGUCGAGAAGUACGUGGCAUUACACAUGCGACUGGACUGUCGAGGUGAAGCCUGGUAAAACUAUCAAAGUAGAUAUUAUAGAUAUGUCGAUAUCGCAAACAGCCGAUCAUACCUGCAACGAUAAUUACCUGUUGUUGAAGAAUGGAGGCGAUAUGUUUUCGCCUCUGUUAGGCAACGGAAAGUAUUGCGGCGAGGUGCUGCCUGCGGAACUACAAACCAUCGGAAAUCUCCUUUUCGUCAGAGCUGUUCGCAAUGGGCCUCAUCUUCGCUUCAAAUUAACCUACAGGGAAGUAAGCAUGAGCUGCGGCGGUGAGUUUAUCUUGACGAACAAACAGAAAAAAUGGGAAAUAACUACCCCCAAUUAUCCAAACAUUCCGCCAACAUACGCCGAAUGUACUUGGAAGGCUAUCGCUUCAGCUGGCGAAAGACUUUCUAUCCAUUUUCCAGAAAGAUUCGAUUUGAGCUAUAGUACAGACUGCGAAAGAGAAUACGUCGAGAUAAGGGACGGUGGUACUGACACUUCAAGAUCUUUGGGAAAAUUCUGUAAGGACGUCGCACCCAAUAGUAAGACUACCACUGGCAACAUGAUGUACAUUCAUUUCUACACAGACCUGCCGGAGCCGAAGAAUGGCUUCAAAGCUGUGAUCACAUCCGGAGACGUCUGCGGUGGAAUUUUGCGCGGUGUCAGUGGCGUCAUCGAAUCGCCGCAUUAUCCACAUUUCUAUCCUACAAACCAGUCGUGUUGGUGGUGGAUAAUAGGACCGACGGAUCACACCUUAAAAUUGCAAUUCCGCGAUAUACACCUGCCUGGUUACCGCAUAUGCAAUGCAACCGAUCACGUUGAAAUCGGCGAGAAGACUGUGGAAACUGAUAAACCCUCAUCAAUCGGAUCCUACUGCGGUCUUCUAAAACCGGAUGUGAUCGAGACAUCGUCAAACGAAGCGUACGUCAUGUUCGUAAGCGACAACAGGGAUUACAUAAAUUACAGAGGCUUCAGUAUAAACUUCACGGCUACCCAAGAAACGUGCGGCGGUUCAUUAACCGCAAUGAGUGGAAUAAUUAAGUCACCCGGAUAUCCGAAUCCACGUACACGACCCAGAUAUUGUGACUGGCGGAUUGAACUGCCGCAAGGUUACCAGGUUGUGGUGAAUAUUCUGGACUUGGAUAUCGUCAGCUUAUCUGGACCGACGCACGUCGGCUACUCACUUUCGUUCUACAACGAUUUCCGCUAUAAAUCAAAGAUUAAAACUCUGGGACGCAUUUCACACGACAGCACGGAGGAAAUAAGUAGUUCUAGCAAUACCAUGAUUAUCGGCUAUUGGUCCUCCGCCGGGCAUCGAGGUUUUAAACUUCGUUACUAUUCCCGGGUACCAGCUCCCUGCGGUGGAAGACUGUCGGGACGUGAAGGCAACAUCACGGGCCCAACAACUCGACCUUUCAAUGAAUCCUCAUACAUAUGCAACUGGAAACUGGUGUCGCCCUUAUAUAGGUUCAUCCCUGGCAACCUUGCCCACUUCACCAACAUCGCCAACACCGCCAACAACAAUUUUACAUUGACGAUAAAAGUGGUCGGUGACUUGGGCGAAUUCGAGAUAAGUCCCAGAGGAAAAUGCAUCUACCCUGAAUACAUCGAACUUCACGGUGUCGGAGUAUUGUGUGGAAAUAUAACACAGCCGAGGUACUUGAGAAGCCCAAAACCAGUGAACGAGUUGACGGUAAUGAAUGGUACUUUUGGGAAACAUAUGUCUUAUAACAUACAAUACCAAUGGCAGCCUUGUGGUGGCAUUUUACAAGGCCCAUCGCAUACUGUCACAUCACCGAGGAACAUAUCCUACCCAAUAAAUUGCGUUUGGCAUGUGAAUUAUCCUAGCAAUAGUGAAACGAUCAGCCUCACUUUCGCUAGAUUUAAUCUUGGCAGUUGCGAGCAAGGUUACAUCAUCAUUAGAAAUGGCGGUUCCACGUCACCGGAAAUUGGAAAGUUCUGCGGUAAUAUAAAGCCUUACAACAUCACCAGUGCAUCAAAUCAGCUGUGGAUAGAAUAUUUCGCGGCGGACGAGCCGAAUGAUUUCGAGUUUAAUCUGAAUGUUGCCAGCGUGGGCUGCGGCGGGACGUUACGCGGUCUCAGCCGCGAAAUUUUGUCGCCGGAAUACCCGAGACAAUAUCCGAACAACAGCGAGUGCACGUGGGAGAUCAUGGGCGACAAUGGAUACCAUUUAGGCUUAACGUUCAUCGAGAGGUUCAGUUUGGAGACUAGUCCCAAUUGCGAGAAAGAUUACGUGCAGAUAUUUGAUUGGAUCAACGGGGAGGAAAGCAGCAACAGCGAAUGGAAGAGUCUCGGCAAGGUUUGCGGCAGGAACACACCUGCGCCCUUUAACUCGACAUCGAAUCGCAUGAAGGUGACUUUCCAUUCGAACGAGGCGGUACAGUCGGACGGUUUCCGCGCCGUCUGGAACGAGAAUUGCGGCGGUGUUUUCCAGGCGACCAAAAACAUUAAGAUGAUCCAAUCACCAUCGUACCCGUACUCUUAUCCACCCAACGCGUUUUGCAAUUAUACCAUCGUUGCGCCAAACGAAGAUAUUAUCGUUGAGUUUACUGAUUUCCAUCUGGAACGCGGUCAUAAUUGUCGCUUCGAUAACAUCACAGUUAUCACAGGAGAUUUGUAUGAACUGCAGACAGUGGAUACUUACUGUGGCAACAACAAACCAGCAAUUGCGAGAUCUAUCUCGCGCAUAGAAAUUAUUUUCAUGACAGACAAAUUUGUGCAGCGAAGUGGCUUCCAAUUUAAAUACUUCCUCAAUCAAUGUGGCGGCAUAAUUACAAAACCGUCCGAACUCAAGCCUUUGAUGCACGGAGAGGAAUACUUCGGACGCAUGAAUUGCACUUGGGUCAUUAAAGCUCCGCAAGGGAAGAGCGUACUCGUACGGUUCGAGAAGUUUAUCCUCGAGUUUAGCACGGGUUGUUACUUCGACAAUGUCGCCAUUUAUGAGGGUGAUUUGGUGGAGAAAGACAGACGAAUAGCUCUGAUCUGCGGUAAUUUAACCGAGAAUUUGCCCACUUUCAAGUCCGAAUUCAAUUCCAUGGUCGUCAACUUUAAUGCCGAUAGCUCGAGGCAUUUCGAAGGUUUCACGGCCAAGGUAUUAUUCACGACAAGUCCGGCCGAAGGCUGCGGACAGAUUAUCAAUAUGACUUCGACCCAAUCGAAAUCAUUUAGGACUCAGCAGGCGGCAACUUAUCAGGCGUUCGAGGAAUGUCACUGGACUGUAAUGACAUCGCCGGGAAAAAAUAUUAGAUUUACCAUUAACAGCAUAGAUAUCAAGAAUUCGACUAAUAGCACAGGCAAUACAAACAAAUGCACUGGCGAUUUUCUUGAAGUGCGGGAUGGCGCCGGAUCUUAUGGCGACCUUUUGGGUCAAUAUUGCGGGAACGUACAGCCACCUCCGAUAUUAUCUACCUUGAAUAUGUUGUGGAUUAGACUAUAUACAGACGGUACAGCUGAAGGUGCCGGUGUAACAGCCACCUUGGAAGUUAUCGAUUCAACAUGCGGUCUAAGCAGUCGAACAAUAAAUGAGACAAGGCAGGUUCUCACCUCGCCGGGUUACCCAAAUACAUAUACACCUGGGCUUCGAUGUCGCUGGAUUUUACGACACCCCGACACAUACAGUGAUAGAAUGCGAAUUCAAUUUAUAGAUUUUGAUAUGGAAGAUUCCAGCAACUGUGAAAACGAAUAUUUAGAAAUUUCUGAGGAGAUGAAGUACAUAAACGAAGGCUUCGGAAAGAACUUUAUUUACAAUGGAGUGCAGAAACAUCCAAUUACUAUCGAAAUAGGUAGCCGGUUCCCUUAUUCCACAUACAAAUAUUGUGGUGGACAACUACCGCAUGAUUAUUACAGUUACAGCAACAGCAUCCAAGUGGUCUUUAAAUCAAUUUUCAACGGUCAUAAAGGCUUCAAACUGGAGUACAGCAUGGCAAGCUGCGAUCGGAAUUACACGAGUGAGCAAGGACGGAUCAUUCAUCAAGGAUUCACGAACUGUUUGAUUACGAUCACAGUCCCGGAAAACCGCACUAUUUCUUUAUAUUUCAAUCAAUUCAGCAUUUACGACUCUGAACACUGCACACAUUACGCGCUACAAGUUCAUGAUGGUGAUUCGAGUGGGCCGCUUCUAACCACGCUAUGUAGUGGAGCGUUACCAAGCCCGAUUUUCAGCACUGGUAACAAGCUCACCUUACGUUCCUGGGCUGAGAACACUAACUCUUAUCAAAGUUACGAUAUCAUUUACACGACCACGGACGCAGGUCGGGGUUGCGGCGGUCGUAUAUUCAAUUACGGCGGCAGAUUCACCUCGCCAUUGUAUCCCAAUAUAUACCGCAACAAUACCGUAUGUACUUGGGACGUGAGUGUGCCGCGCGGCUUCAAGGUCAUCCUCGAGUUCGCUGUAUUCGACAUUGGAACGAGGAAGAACUGUGAAAACAAUAAUCUCAAGAUUUACGACGCCGUCCCUAGCGGAGAACUCUUAAGCAACACUUAUUGCGGCGGGGAUGAUCCAGCAAGAUUUGAAGCUGCGAGCGAUCGAAUUCUCGUAAGAUAUACUUCAACAGUGAACAACAUUGGAACUGGAUGGGUUAUCACGUUCAUGGCGCAGUCGACUACAAAACCCAUCGAUAUAGUGAACAAUUAGUACGUCAAGUUUAUAAAAGGCGAUAUAUGUAAAUAAGAAACUCAACAGCAAACAUUCUGAAGUUUAAAUAUAAUUUACUGUAGAGAGGUAUAUAGACGAAAAUAAUAAAUAAAACGGUUUAGACGUCUAACGCGUUAUUAUUUAAUUUUAAAAGUUUAAAAAUAACACCAAUAAGACACG